AUGGUGACCGUCGUCGAGGUGGACGCGGGGCAAGAGGCGAAGCGGGGGAAGGCGACGGAUGAGGAGGGGCAGCGGACGCCACCGCCGCAGCCGUUGGAGGUCGCGCGGAAGCCCCGCCAACCCACGCCGGAUCACCCACCCUAUUGCUGGAUGAUCGGCGAGGCAAUCGACGCGCUGGCCGAGGACGGCGGCUCGUCGGAGGACUCCAUCUCGGCCUUCAUCUGCGCCAGGCACCCCGGCGUGUCCCCCGCGCACGAUAGGCUCCUCCGGCACUACCUCCGCAAGCACGUCGCCGAGGGCAUCUUCGUGCGAACCGCUGCGGGGCGGUACGAGCGCUUCCCCGAGGAAAACGCGGAUGAGGAGCUCCCGGUGGAGCAGGCUGAGGCCGGCUCGUGCAGACCGGCGUCCGUGGAGGCCAAGCGUGGCCGAGGCAGGCCACGGAGGGAUGGCUCUCCUUCGACACCGCCUGCAGGCAGGAAGGAUGGCAGCGCGGGGGCUCAGUGGAUGACACCGCCUGCAGGCUCUUCUUUGACACUGGCCGCUGCUGCCAAGGACUCUGUUCCAAUGUCACUGGUUGCUGUUGCAAACAAGGAUGGAAGCCAGGCACCGUCAUUGAAGCCCAAGCGCCGUCGCCGGCUUCGCAGGCAGGGGAUGGCCACGACCACGGACAGCUCUGGCGAAGCAAUCGUCGCCGGCAAGAAAGAUGGCAGUGAGGUUCCAUACACUUCGGACAAGGAGCAUGAGCCACCGCGUGAGCUGGGACUGUCGAUCCUCGGUGAUUGCUCUGCUGCAUCCACCAUGGACAAGGCAUGCACCGAGGUCUCUCCAACCACGCCACCUGUGGGUGGUGAUCAGCCUCUCGACCUGGCCCUGGUGAACACCACAGAGGUGCCUGUGCCUGAACCUGCGCCAACGCCAAUGCCUGCUAUGGACAAGGAUGGUGGUCAGACUCUCGACCUGGCCCUGGUAACCACCACAGAGGUGCCUGUGCCUGAACCUGCACCAACGCCAACGCCUGCUAUGGACAAAGAUGGUGGUCAGCCUCUCGACCCUGCCCUGGUGACUACUACCACAGAGGUGCCUGUGUCUGAACCUGCGCCAACGCCUGCUAUGGACAAGGAUGGUAACGAUGCUUCUUCAAUCGUGAACAAGAAUGAGAGCAUUUGGACAACGCCCACUGCGCCCAAGCCUGGCAGCCAGGCUUGCAAGCUGGCACUCAUGGCUGCUGCUGCUGCUGGCUUUGUUCCAGUGUUGGUUGCUAACAAGAAAGGUGGCCGUAACGAGGCUCCAUCUGCAACCUACAAGGAUGUUCUUCAGCCUCGCAAGGCUGGCUCUGCUCCAACUGCACGCAAGAAGGCUGGCGGCAAGGCUCUGUCAGAUACCCCCAAGGGCCGUCGCCGGCAACACAAAUCAGCCGCGGUGGCUACUGGUGACCGAUCUGCUCUUACACCUGGCAAGAAGCUAGGCUGUAAGGUCUCAUUUGCAUCUCCCAAGUUGACACCGGUGAUUGCUGGUGGUGGUCCUACUCCAGCUUCAGUUGCUGACCAGGGCGGCAAGGAAGCAUCAGCGGCGCUGAAGCAGCACGGCCAGCCUCGCAAACUGUACCCUGUUACCGCUGACGAAUUUCAGAUGAUCCGGGGAUUGUUUUGCUCGCGUUGCCUUCUCAGACGCUGGCAGCAUCAAACGCGUAGCUCCAAAACUUGGGUACCUGAAGCAUAUGCCGAACACUUGCUAAAUGCAAUGCGCAUGAUGAUAACUUUAGUGUGUGCUUUUUUAAUUAACUUUAGUGUGUUCUCUUUUAAUUAA